AUGAAGCACCAAAGAGAGAUCAAUUCCUCUGAUGGAAAUGAAUUAGCGUCUGAGUUUGAGGGGAGUACCGCGGAUAAGUUGCUUGAGCUACAAGAUACAACUCCUGGAGCUCUUUUAUCGGCGUUGAUGCCUAAUUGCAAGCCUCCUCAGAGGCGAUAUCCAUUGGAGAAAGGCUUGACACCGCCUUGGUGGCCAACGGGAAAAGAUUGGUGGAAUCAGUUGUCUUUACCCGCGGAUUGUCGAGGACUUCCUCCACAAGCCUCAUGA